AUGGACGCACUGGCCUGGCUGCUGCCCCCGCUUCUGCUGCUCUGCGCGCAGCAGCACCGCGGCACCAGGGCAAUGAAUGACAUUGGCGACUAUGUCGGCUCCAACCUGGAAAUAUCCUGGCUCCCCAACCUGGACGGUUUGAUAGAGGGCUACGCCCGCAACUUCCGGCCUGGCAUCGGAGGCCCCCCCGUGAACGUGGCACUCGCCAUCGAGGUGGCCAGCAUCGACCACAUCUCUGAGGCGAACAUGGAGUACACCAUGACGGUGUUUCUGCAUCAGAGCUGGCGCGACAGCAGGCUGUCCUACAACCACACCAACGAGACUCUGGGCCUGGACAGCCGCUUCGUGGACAAGCUGUGGCUCCCAGACACCUUCAUCGUGAACGCCAAGUCCGCCUGGUUCCACGACGUGACGGUGGAGAACAAGCUCAUCCGGCUGCAGCCCGAUGGGGUGAUUCUCUAUAGCAUCCGAAUCACCUCCACGGUGGCCUGCGACAUGGACCUGGCCAAGUACCCCAUGGACGAGCAGGAGUGCAUGCUGCACCUGGAAAGCUACGGCUACUCAUCCGAGGACAUCGUCUACUACUGGUCCGAAAACCAGGGUCAGAUCCACGGGCUGGACAGGCUGCAGCUGGCCCAGUUCACCAUCACCAGCUACCGCUUCACCACAGAGCUGAUGAACUUCAAAUCGGCCGGCCAGUUCCCCCGGCUCAGCCUGCACGUCCACCUCCGGAGGAACCGGGGUGUCUACAUCAUCCAGUCCUACAUGCCCUCCAUCCUUCUGGUCGCCAUGUCCUGGGUCUCCUUCUGGAUUAGCCAGGCAGCAGUGCCCGCCAGGGUGUCUCUAGGCAUCACCACAGUGCUGACCAUGACCACACUGAUGGUCAGUGCCCGCUCCUCCCUCCCGCGGGCAUCGGCCAUCAAGGCGCUGGACGUGUACUUCUGGAUCUGCUACGUCUUUGUGUUUGCCGCCCUGGUGGAGUACGCCUUCGCCCACUUCAACGCUGACUACCGGAAGAAGCAAAAGGCCAAGGUCAAGGUCAAGGAGCAGAGGGUCGAGAUGGACGUGAAGAAUGCCAUCGUGUUCUUCUCCCUUUCGGCCGCGGGCGUCACCCAGGAGCUGGCCGCGUCCCGCCGGCAGUGCCGCGUGCCUGGGAACCUCAUGGGUUCCUACAGGUCGGUGGAGGUGGAGACAGAGGAGACGAAGAAACAGGGGGCCCAGGGGGGCUUCCGUGCGCUUUUCAAGCCCAUCGACGCGGACACCAUUGACAUCUACGCCCGUGCCGUGUUCCCCGCGGCCUUCGCCGCUGUCAACGUCAUCUACUGGGCCGCGUACACCAUGUGA